AUGCUAGACGAUGCCGUGUGGUGGGGUCUAUUCCAGGCGUCCCUCACAGAAUAUCAUGGAAGUGGAGGCGCAAGCAGACACAGCGGCCAGCGCAUCAUAUCCGAUGGUCAAGCUUUCAAGCCAGCUGCUACUUGCCCAGAUUGCGAGCCGCUCUGGCGUAUCUCCCAGGUGUGCUGUCCGCAGUCGGAGGGCUUCACCUAUGCAGCGCUGGACGCCGGAAAAGAGAGGAUCGCAAUAACAAGCACCCCAGCUGACAAGUACAGGCAGCUGCAGUCCUCAAGGGCUCACAGGUUCUCACAUCAUAACUGA